AUGAAAGAAAUCCAAAGUGUGCUUCUUGACCGUUCAGCCUCAAAUUCGAAGAAAAGAAAGUCUGCUCAAGAUCUAUCUAAGCUGAGUACCUACUUGGAUCAAGAAAAUCUCAAACAACGAAAGGAUGUUCAAGCAUUGGCGCCCAUCCCAGGAUUUAACAAGGGAUACCAGCGACUUGCCACCGCCAACAGGCGAGCUUAUAGAAAGCAAGCACCUGCUUCAUCUGUUGAUAGAGUGGCAUCUUUAAUUGACAAUGGAAUAGAGGAAGAAGAGUCUACGACCCCACCCGAAAAACCGAAAGCUCGCGAUACACCAAAAGUGCUUACUGUCGCUGAACCACUGCUUCCAGUUCCAGCCAAUGGUGAAAUGUACAGUCGCCAUGAGUGCAUUCAGGCAAUCGAAAAUAGAGAAUACACUCUCACCAAGAGCAAAGCUGUACAAGAGAUUCUUACAAAGAAGUACAUUCCUGUUAAGAGGACUGCCCUUUACCAAAUGCUGAAUAGGUGGGAAACCCACAAGUCUAAUGGUGGUACUUUGGAAACGUUUCCUAAUGACGAUUGGAACAACCGUGGCAGACCAGCUUUCCUUGUAAUUGAUGAAAUAAAGGAUAUUGCUCAAGAGCUCUCAACUACUCCUGGCAAAGCUAUUGGAUUGGACGAGCUGAACGACAAACUUAUCGAACGGAGCAAGGAAAAGAUCGAAGCCCAAGGAAAGGUUCUGUUGUCGGAGUCGGCGGCUACCCCUUCCAAAGAUACACUUCGACGUUAUGGAACUCAAUUGAGGUUGCUUGGUGGCGUUAGUUGUCCAAGUAGCGCGAUCAAGAAGACACGAACUCGGGCUAUUGCAGAGGCUUCACUUCGAUCCAGUGCCGCUUUUAUUGCCGUUGCAGCAGUGUCACACUUGACUAUUACUGGUAACAUCGAGGAGCACCCGCAUGUUGAAAAAUUCCUCAAAGAAGCUCCUGAAUCAGAGCGACUCGUCUAUGAGGCGGUCAGUGACUUCUUUGGUGGAGUCCCUUUGUAUCCUAUCAAAUCAAGAUACUUGAUUUCAACAGAUGAUACGACUGAGUGGGCAAUGGAGGGUCUCAAUAAAGACAGAGCCAACGAUGUUUUCUUUACUGCCAUCUCCUCUUAUCAAACCAAAACCAGCUCUCGAUCGUUGUAUAAUACUGGUCCCGCUCCAGCAUUUCCAAAUUUCAACCGCAUGAUCCGCACUUGUCGAGAUGAGAUUGAUGUUGAUUUAUACAAUCUCCACGCCUUUGACAAACUGGUGGAUGUUUACACAGGAAUAUUGAAACUGAAUGAACGGUGUGAGGCACGGUUGCAUGGAAUUCUUGAAUCGGUUCCAGAGCCCAAUGGCAUUGCCGCUGCGGAACUUCAUCAUUUUGACAAAUGUGUCAUUCCCGAGUUGGAAGCAUUCUGCCAUGUACGUACAUUUUCUACUACCAAGAAACCCAACAAAUUCAAAUGGCCUAGGAAGGGAAAGUCCACUGAUUUGAAGCCAGAUGAGAAGUGCCUAGUUGAGCUUGCUUUUGAAUGCAAAGCAAAUCCUAUUAUUAUCACAGAGCCAAAAAAGCAACAAAAGGAAUCUACAUCUUCUGAGCCCAGAUACGUUUUGGCGGCAAUUCUUCGGCCAGAAAGUUCUAGCCUUGGAUCCGGCAAUGCUAAGCUAGCAUCAGCUUUACUUGACAAUUCUGAGUGGAGAGGUUUGGCUUUAGCAAUUUAUUGUCUAGAUGGGGAACAUUUACCGGUUGACAAACGUCCCAUAAUCGAUCAAGCCCUCCUCGAUAGGGCAGACUAUUUGCAGAAGCUUCUCAAAAUGAGGUUGGCAGUUCAUGUGUCCAGUAGCAAAGUGCCAGAGCUAUUGCAUGACCAUUGGUGUUGGCAUUUGCAGCAUGACAAGGCUGGUCACACGGCGGCCGUUAUGGUAUUUUUGGGACAUGUCAAAACUGAUCUCCAUUGUCUCAAUGCUUUUGACUGUCUUCUCUCUGAUCAUACCAACUUUAGAUUGGUAGAUGAUGAAAUUUAUGAGGAUGGAGUUUAUGGUUACUACGACAAAAUCAGACACGAAUGGCGGCGAUUCGGAAUGACCGCGGGAAGAAAGCACUGGAUGAGAGGCAUGGACCACUAUGGCAAUGCUAGGCUAAAGAGUGCAGCUUCUAGGAACUCGAGUUUCUACAUGGCUUAUCCAUCAAUUGAAGUACCUGAAGACGAAAGACCAGCUGCUCGGCAAGGCUUCUUUGAAGAGAACUUGGAGCAUCGUAUUGCUCUUGGCGUUCCAAUCCCGUUGGACGGACGGGAAUCAAGGGAUAUGUCAUUCAAACUGAUUGAGCUAUAUGGCUUCAACUCUCAAGAUAUUGACAAUUUCAGUACAAUCAACCGAGACUUAUGUGUGUAUGGACAGCUACGCAGAGCUGCCCACUAUAUGGCGGAGUGUGCCUACGGACUUUGCUUAGCUAGGGACCAAAAUCUCUCUAGCAAUCCUGGCUGGGAGCAGGCACUAAAAUAUUAUGGAGCUUAG